AUGGCAUUCACACCCCGUGGACGAGGAGGUCCCCCUCGAGGUGGACGCGGUGGCUUUGGAGGCCGUGGUGGCUUCGGAGGCGGUGAUCGUGGUGGUCGUGGUGGUGGUCGUGGUGGUGCUCCUAGAGGCCGAGGCGGCCCUCGCGGUGGACGUGGUGCCCCCAGAGGAGGUCGUGGUGGUCGUGGCGGUGCUCCCCGUGGAGGUGCCCGGGGUGGUCAGAAAGCCAUUGUCGAACCCCAUCGUCAUGCCGGUAUCUUCGUCGCUCGUGGCAAGGAAGACAUGCUGGUCACCAAGAACUUGACUCCUGGAGAUUCGGUCUAUGGUGAGAAGCGAAUUGCCGUCGAGGCCCCUGCUGAGGGUGAUGCUCCUGCUGUCAAGACUGAAUACCGUGUUUGGAAUCCUUUCCGUUCCAAGCUUGCUGCUGGUGUGCUCGGUGGUUUGGAUAAGAUCUUCAUUCAGCCUGGAUCAAAGGUUUUGUACUUGGGUGCUGCCUCUGGUACCAGUGUCUCUCACGUUGCAGACAUUGUCGGUCCUACUGGAACCGUUUACGCUGUUGAAUUCUCUCACCGUUCGGGUCGUGACUUGAUCGGCAUGGCAACAAAACGCACAAACGUCAUCCCCAUUGUCGAGGAUGCUCGCCACCCCAUGAAAUACAGACUUCUCGUCCCCAUGGUCGACGUCAUCUUCGCCGACGUUGCCCAACCCGAUCAGGCCCGUAUCGUCGGUCUCAAUGCACACAUGUUCCUCAAGAACGAAGGUGGUGUUUUGAUCAGUAUCAAGGCCAGCUGUAUCGACAGCACAGCCAAGCCAGAGGUUGUCUUUGCACACGAGGUUGAGCGUCUCAGAGCCGAGAAGAUCAAGCCUAAAGAACAACUCACACUUGAACCUUUCGAGCGUGACCACUGUAUCGUGGCAGGUCAAUACAUGCGUUCCAUGGAAGUUGCAAAGUAA